CAGUGGACUCCUUCAGGAGUAAAGUCAUUCAUCUGCUCCAAGAGUGAAAUGACAUUUUCCAGUGGGAGAAAGGGUAAUGUAUGUUUUCCAAACGACAGUAUAAUGAAGGCAUGUAAAUGCAGUUAUUGUGGAAAGUACUUCAGAUACAGACCGCAGCUUCUUGUACACCAAAAAUUACACACAGCACAAAACUGUUUUGAAUGCUCAGAGUGUGGAAAGAGAUUCAUCACAAAUAGCAAACUUAAACGGCAUACAAGAACACACACGGGGGAGAAACCGUUUGAAUGCUCGGAGUGUGGAAAGAGAUUCAGUGAGAGGGGGACUCUUCAAAAUCAUCAGAGAACCCACACAGGGGAGAAGCCUUUUGAAUGCUCAGAGUGUGGAAGGAGAUUCAUCACAAAUGGCAAACUUAAACAGCAUACAAGAACCCACACAGGAGAGAAACCGUUUGAAUGCUCAGAGUGUGGAAAGAGAUUCAUUCAGAGUGGCCAUCUUCAACGGCAUCACAGAACCCACACAGGGGAGAAGCCUUUUGAAUGCUCAGAGUGCGGAAGGAGAUUCAUCAAAAAUGACAAACUUAAACGGCAUACAAGAACCCACACUGGAGAGAAACCGUUUGAAUGCUCAGAGUGUGGAAAGAAAUUCAUUGAGAGGGGGGCUCUUCAAAAGCAUCAGAGAACCCACACCAGGGAGAAACCAUUUGAAUGCUCAGAGUGUGGAAAGAGAUUCAUUCAGAGUGGCCAUCUUCAACAGCAUCACAGAACCCACACAGGGGAGAAGCCUUUUGAAUGCUCAGAGUGCGGAAGGAGAUUCAUCAAAAAUGACAAACUUAAACGGCAUACAAGAACCCACACUGGAGAGAAACCGUUUGAAUGCUCAGAGUGUGGAAAGAGAUUCGGUGAGAGGGGGACUCUUCAAAAGCAUCAGAGAACCCACACAGGGGAGAAGCCUUUUGAAUGCUCAGAGUGUGGAAGGAGAUUCAUCACAAAUGGCAAACUUAAACGGCAUACAAGAACCCACACAGGGGAGAAA